AUGAGAAGCGAUGAUGAAGCAAGUUUUAUUUUUAAGUUACGGUUUGUCACGGCAAUGUUGUCAAUAAUAUUGGCCUUUGUGUCUUUAUAUGAUAAGGAGUAUAAAAAAAAUAUCAUUGAAACAGUUUGGACGCUUGUAUUUUUUGUCUCUUCCUCUUGUCUCUUUCCCUUUCUCUUUCUUUCAUCUUUUCUCUCUCUUUCUCUUUCUCUCUCCCUCUCUCUCUCUCUCUAUCUACCUAUCUUUCUAUCUAUCGUAUUCUCUUCAUUUUCUUUUCUUCAUUCUCUUUAUUUGUCGUUUUAUCUUUUUUUUUCUUUUUCUUUCUUUACUUUCUUUAAUUGCCUCACGUUAUUUUCUUCUCUGCACUCUCUCUCUCUCUCUCUUUCUCUCUUUCUCUUGAGGGGGAACACAGGUGUAUGCAUAUUCCAUUAUAUCUAUCUAUGUAAUUUUUGCCCACAUCUACCUAUUUAUCUAAUUUUUGCCCAUAUCUAUCUAUCUAUCUAUCUAUCUAUCUAUCUAUCUAUCUAUCUAAUUUUUGCCCAUAUCUAUUGA